AUGAGCUCGCAUCAAGUGGGACAGUACAUGGCGGCCUGUGGCUUCGCAGACUAUGAGCACCUCUUUAAGGAGCACAACAUCAGUGGAGAUCGACUGCUUCAGUUGACCUCAGAGGAUCUGAGAGACAUUGGGUUUGUGACGGUGGGCGACCGACUGGUGAUGCAGCAGGAGAUCGCCGGUCUACGGGCGGGACGCCGAAUUGCUUGGCGUUCCAAUAGCUUUGAGCUGGGGCAGGAGCGCAUGGUCACGUCCAAGUCGGACAGGUCUGACUCGGAGUCCAGAUUGGUGGGAUGGAACACCAACGAGGAGAGAAAGUCGGAGUACCUGAAAUCUGCAGAGGAGGUUUCAAAGCAGAAAGAUCAAAAAUCCAGGCGAAAGGCGCUGAGAAAGCACCGCUCUUCCGAGGACCUUCGUAGCCUCCGCAGCAAGAUCUGCCAAGCCUUGAGACUGGCAGCAGCACGCGAGGAUGGCUGCAUGGGUCAUGCUGUCCUGAAAGUCUGGCAGAGCUACGUGCAGCAGCAGGUGAAGGAUCGCCAGCGGCUAGUGGAAGACCUGACGCCUUCCGCGCUCUGCGGCCUUCGCGGCGUGUGCGCCCGGCGCACCGUGCUGUCGCAGCUGGCAGCGCUACGCGCCUGGGCUGCGGUGGUGGUGCUAAGGCGUCAUGAGGUUGAGUUGAAAGCUCAAGAGGAGAAGGCCUCGCUCCGAAGCACCUCGGCCCUGGCCGUGCUGCGGAACGAGCUUCGGGCCGUGCGAUGGCAGGGGCACCGUGCAGCUUUUCGACUUGCACAGCAGCGGGCCCUUCUGGCACAGUUGGCGCCCUUCAAUGCAUGGCGACAGCUGAGUCAAGAGGCUCACUGGAGUUGA